AUGGACGCCGAGCUGAACAACACAUCGUGGCGUGUUCGACCUGAAGAAGUGCUGGUGGAAGUAGGGACCGGGUUAGGUGCCAGCCCAGCGCUUCACAGCAUCAAUGAAGUGUACAAACUCUCCUUGGGGUGGAGUACCCGUGGCAGUACAGGAGCUGCCUCAAACAUGGGCACACCCUCCUUGACACUGUCAUCAUUUACCGUCGGUCAGUACAAGGGUAACCGCGUCGCUGUCAAGAAGAUACAUAGGAAAAAACUCGACUUGAACAAGAAACUACUCUGGGAAAUCAAGCAGGCUCGUAACGUAUCCCACGAGAAUACAGCGCGAUUCAUUGGUGCUUGCGUUGACUGUCCGUUAGUGUUCGUACUGACGGAGUAUUGUCCAAAGGGCUCCCUAAAAGACGUGCUCGCCAAUGACGAGCUACAACUGGACUGGAACUUCAGGACAUCACUAGUGCACGAUAUCGUACAGGGCAUGUGCUAUCUCCAUGGAGGCCUGGGCGCCCACGGCAAACUUCGUUCCUCCAACUGUCUUAUCGAUGGACGCUUCGUUCUCAAGAUCUCCGACUACGGACUUAACACACUAUGCACGCCCACCGAUUUGAUAAAGGACGACACUUAUUACUACAAACUACUAUGGACAGCACCAGAGUUAGUAGCAGGCAGCAUCUACCCUGGCGCAGCAGCGUCCCUGAAAGGCGACGUGUAUAGUUUUGGCAUCAUACUCGAGGAGAUAGUUCUAAGAGCUGGACCUUUCCAUCAUUAUACGAACACUAUGUCUAAUAAAGAAAUUGUGGGCCGUGUGUGUGCUCGGGAAUCCCCACCAUUUCGUCCCGCAGUAGGAGUGAAUGAGGUGAAUACUACAGCUGGAGGUGGUGGUGGAGCUGCUGCAGAACUGCUGGAGCUGGCCUCGCGAUGCUGGGCUGAGUUGCCUGAUGAUAGGCCGAGCUUCGAUACUAUCAAUGUCAACUACAUCAAAGGAUACCGUGACAACUUAAUGGAUGACUUGUUGCGUCGUAUGGAACAAUAUGCGAAUAACCUCGAAUCUCUUGUCGAGGAGAAAACUGAACAACUUUCGAUGGAGAAGAGAAGGUCUGAAGAACUCUUGUACCAAGUGCUUCCAAGGCCUGUAGCUCAGCAGUUGAUGGCAGGCGAGGUAGUGCAGCCAGAGAGCUGUGAAUGCGUAACUGUGUACUUCAGUGACAUAGUCGGCUUCACGGAGCUCUGUGCCGCCUCUACCCCGAUGCAAGUGGUGGAUCUGCUCAAUGACCUUUACUCCACGUUUGAUAGGAUCAUUGGAUUCUAUGAUGUUUAUAAGGUGGAAACAAUAGGCGAUGCUUACAUGGUAGUGUCAGGCCUCCCAGCGCGUAAUGGUGACCUGCACGCCCGAGAGAUCUGCCUCAUGGCGCUAGCCAUCGUCGAAGCGGUUCGUAUUGGGGUUCAUUCUGGCCCAGUCUGCGCAGGAGUGGUUGGUGUUAAGAUGCCCCACUACUGUCUGUUUGGGGACACUGUCAACACAGCCAGUCGAAUGGAGUCUACUGGUCAACCUCUGCGUAUUCACCUAAGCGAAAAUACUAGAAGCUUGCUGGAGCAGUGGGGGACUUUCGUUGUCGAACGUCGAGGGGAGGUGGAACUCAAAGGUCGAGGAAGAAUGAUCACAUACUGGCUGCUUCACUGCUCGGAACCAGAAACCAGAUCACUGUCUCAGGGCCCGCAGCCACCGCCACAGUACCCCAUACUCUUCCCUGGGCUUCCUCAACCAACCUUAUCUCUACAAGUACCUUAUUUAGUAGUAGAUCCACCUACUUUAGCAGCUUAA